AUGAAUGUUUGGCCUGCAAAACUACAAAGCCGGCGCAUAUGGAAUCCAAAUUCAACACUAAUGACUAUGUUCUACAACGGCACAGUCAACGUGUUCGACGUCCCGGUGGACAAGGCCCGGGAGAUUAUGGUGUUAGCAAGCAGGACAUCUGUUUCAAGCCCACCCAGUGCACUUGCAGUGCAGAAACCUGGUUGUCAUGUCUCUGACAAUGCUGCAAGAGUGCCCGUGCCUGAGCCGAGGCAUGUGUCGGUCAUUUCAAGUCCAAUCCCCGCCGUGUCACAAGCUCCGACGAUCUCCAAGCGCAUACCAGGCUACCAAAAUUACACCCCAGCUCCAACAACAUCUUCAGGCGUACCAUCAUCAGUUGUUCCACCACCAAGUCAGGCAUCCUCAGCUCAACGGAUGCAACAAGCAUCUCCUGCUGUCGCAACAGCUAUUAAGCCAAUUGCUGUCCAUCAAUCUCGGAAAGCAUCUCUCGCACGAUUUUUAGAGAAGCGAAAAGAAAGAGUUUCAAGUGUCACACCGUACCCAUUGUCAAAGAGCCCGCUAGUGAGCAGCGGCACCUUUGGUAGUGCGAGCACUCCAAGCAGGUUAUCUAGCGCAGACAAUGCUCCACCCAGCAACAACUGCCAAGAGUCUAUGAGCAAGGACAUGUACAAUGGCGCUAGCUUAGGGUGGUUAUUGAGUUGGAAUGAGAGAUAG